ACUAAGUCUAUUUAUUUUUAAGCACUCUUCACUCAUUGUGUACUCCUAGGUCCUAAUCAAACUCUCUCUCUCUCUCUACCAUGGAAAAACAUGUCAAUAUAGAAAGUGAUGAUGCUGAUGACAACUUUGCCACAUCCUCAACACUAACAACAAAAUCAUCAUCAUCAACUUCAAAUAAUAACAUCAAGCAUCCAAGUUAUAGAGGAGUAAGGAAGAGGAAUUGGGGAAAAUUUGUGUGUGAGAUUCGUGAGCCAAAGAAAAAAUCAAGAAUAUGGCUUGGAACAUACCCUACAGCUGAAAUGGCUGCUAGAGCACAUGAUGUAGCUGCUUUAGCUAUAAAGGGUCAUUCAGCUUAUCUUAAUUUCCCUCAAUUAGCAAAAGCACUUCCAAGGCCAAUAAGCACUUCUCCAAAAGAUAUUCAAGAUGCAGCUGCAAAAGCAGCUAAUAACACUUCAUUUGAUGAAGCUCAAGUUGAAGCAAGACAAGAAGAAGAACAUUCAUCACCAUCUUCAAUUCUUGAAUCAUCAAGUUCGACAUUUACUAGCGAUGAUGUUGAUGCUGCAUUGUUUGAUUUGCCGGAUCUUUUUCCUGAAGAUGGAAACAAUGGACUUUGUUCCUAUUCUCUGAGAAAUUCUACUUCGUAUCUGUGUGCUGUUGAAUCAACUGCACACAGAUAUCAUAUAGAAUUUUCUGAAGAUCCGUCUUUUUGGGAGAAAUAUUUAUAGUUGUUUGUUUUACUAAGUAAAAAUAAAAUGUAAAAUUUAAAGUUUAUGUUGUUUUUUUAGUCAUAUUUUGCAGAAUCUACACAGAGAAUACAUUUUUGUAUGUAAUUAAGUGUUCUCUAUUGCUAUUUGUCUCAUUUGGUUAUGCUGCAAUAAUUUGGUUAAAGUUGGUAACAAAGAAAUUCUCAAUCUUUGGUGAAUAGUUAUGUAAGGUGAGAAAAGAGUCUCUAAUCUUUGGUGAAGUGAGAAUUAAGUUUAAAAUAAGGUUAUUUUCUAGAUUGUAGAGAAUUGCAGCACAUAGAUU